AUCAGCCCUCCUGGGAAGUACUGGCCCAGGAAGUCAAGGGUGUCCCCACCCUCCAGUGUGCCAGACUGUUGGGUGCCUUAUCUGCUCAGACAGGUCUGACCACAUUCCUGCAGCAUGAGUGCUAGCAGUUAGCUUCCUGGAGUGGGAAGGGCUGCCUUCUAGCCUGACUGACUUGCCUGGCAGCAGCACAAAGGUGGGGUCAGAGGUCAGCUGCCCCACAGGCCUCUGUUCAUCAUCGGUGUCCCAAGCAUCUCCUCUAGGGAGCUGGGUUUUCACAGGUCUGCUGGGCCCAAGGUGGGCUGGGAGCCAAGCUUACCGGGUUGGGGGAUGCCCAGGGCUCAUCUGGGUGACCACUGGGGCCCUGUUGUUCUGAACUGUAGGACAGAUGUAACUCUGUGCCUCGCCAUCCUGGCUCCCUGGGAGCACCCCAAGGUGCUGCCAGCCCUGCCUGAACCUCUGUGCUGGAGGCAGGGACGGGCCCAGGCCAGUGGGUGGCCAGGCUCACACCACCCACCCUUCGCAGCCAUCCGAGUGACCUGCACGGGUUCCUGCAGGGUCUCAAACAAGGCCAAUGAUGCAGCGUGGGUGGCGGAGGAGGGCUACUUCAACAGCGCUCUGUCGCUGGCCGACAGGGGGAGCCUGCCUGCUGGAGAGCACAACUUCCCCUUCCAGUUCCUGCUGCCUGCCACAGCGCCCACGUCCUUCGAGGGCCCUUUUGGGAAGAUUGUGCACCAGGUGCGGGCCACCAUUGACACGCCACGUUUCUCUAAGGAUCACCAGUGUAGCCGCGUGUUCUACAUCUUGAGCCCCCUGAACCUGAACAGCAUCCCAGACAUCGAGCAACCCAAUGUGGCCUUUACCACAAAGAAGUUCUCCUACAAGCUGGUGAAGACGGGCAGCGUGGUCCUCACUGCCAGCACCGACCUCCGCGGCUACGUGGUGGGGCAGGUGCUGCGGCUGCAGGCCGACAUUGAGAACCAGUCGGGAAAGGACACUAGCCCUGUGGUGGCCAGUCUGCUGCAGAAAGUGUCCUAUAAGGCCAAGCGCUGGAUCUACGAUGUGCGGACCAUUGCAGAGGUGGAGGGUGCGGGCGUCAAGGCCUGGAGGCGGGCGCAGUGGCGAGAGCAGAUCCUAGUGCCCGCCCUGCCGCAGUCGGCCCUGCCCGGCUGCAGCCUCAUCCACGUUGACUACUACUUGCAGGUCUCCCUGAAGGUGCCGGAAGCCACAGUGACCCUCCCGGUCUUCAUCGGCAAUAUCCCUGUGAACCAUGUUCCGCUGAGCCCCCAGCCAGGCCCAUGUCCUCCUCCUGGGGCCCUGUCCCCAGUGAUGCCCUCAGCACCCCCCCAGGAGGAGGAUGAGGCUGUGGCCAGUGGCCCCCACCUCGAGGACCCCAUCUCCCUCUUCACCAAGAGCCACUCACAGCAGCAGCCACCGCCUGCCGCCUUCGGCUCUGUGCCUGGCGCCCCUGAACCACAUGCUCAGGAUGGCAGCCCUGCCCCCCACUCUUUGCCCCCUCCCUUGUGCAUCUCCACAGGUGCCACCGUCCCCUACUUUGCAGAGGGCUCCGGGGGGCCGGUGCCCACCACCAGUACCUUGAUCCUGCCGCCAGAGUACAGCUCCUGGGGCUACCCCUGUGAGGCCCCGCCGUCCUAUGAGCAGAGCUGCGGAGGUGCGGACCCCGGCCUGACCCCUGGGAGCUGACCCUUGGGAGCUCGCCCCAUGCCGCCUUCUCCAGGCAGGCUGACCUCUGCCCUGGGACUGGGCGCCCAGGGCCUCGUGCCUUUGCUCCCGGCCUGGCCCGGCCCACUCAGGACCCUCCGCUGCUGGCCG